ACCACGUUAACCCCAGUCUAUGAUUUAACCAUUACCGCUGGCGGAAUGGCGAUAAUCGGGCGUGCUGACGCUGGUUUCACGUUUAGAAUAACGAUUCUGUUAUUGUUUUUCAUUUGUGUUCCGUGUCUACCGUUGUAUUCUUUAGACAAGAGAAAUGACCGACCCAUUAUUGGUGUCCUAUCUCAAGAAGUCAAUUCUCCAAAACCAAAUCAAAGAGCUUACAUUGCUGCCUCUUAUGUUAAGUUCCUAGAGUCAGCAGGAGCGAGGGUUGUACCUGUCAUGAUUAACCAGACACUGGAGGAAUAUAAGACACUGUUCAACUCCAUUAAUGGGAUCCUUUAUCCAGGUGGAGGUGUCAGCAUUAUUUCAUCUGGUUAUGAAAGAGCUGCAAAAAUCUUUUAUGAGCUUGCUAUUGAGGCAAACAGGAGAGGCGACUAUUUUCCUGUGUGGGGCACCUGUCUUGGAUUUGAGGAGCUGACCUAUUUAACGAGUGGAAAGAUAAUACUCUCGCGUACAAAUACAAGUGGUGUGCCAUUGCCCCUGAACUUCACUAAUGAAACCAAAGACAGCAGGAUGUUUAAAGGCUUCCCAGCUGAACUCAUGAAAGAUCUGGCCUCUGAGCCGCUGACAGAAAACUCUCACAAGUGGAGUUUGGCAGUGUUGACUCUUAACACAAACGAGGAGUUGAAAAAGUUUUACAAAGUUCUCUCCACAAACACGGAUGGAAAAACAGAGUUUGUGUCAACUGUAGAAGCUUAUGAUUACCCAAUUUAUGGGACACAGUGGCAUCCAGAGAAAAAUGCAUUUGAAUGGACAAGGCCUUACAUUCCACACUCUCCAUCAGCAGUCAAGACCACCGCCUACAUGGCUGAGUUCUUUGUCAGCGAAGCCAGGAAGAACUUGCACAGAUUUGAAUCUGAGGAGGAGGAGAGCAAAGCGCUGAUAUACAACUACAGCCCUGUUUACACUGGGCCCACGAGCGGCUUUGUGCAAAUUUAUUUUUUCUGACUGUCCGUUUGUGGAGUGCUUUUCCUUUUCAACAGCUGAUUGGCUGUCUCGGUCACUUGACUUGAAUGUUUGCACAUAAUUUGAUUUUGCAUUUGCUGCUCACGCCAUCUGUUGGAUCUGCAACAUAACAAGUAGUAAAGUGGAAAUAGAAUAAAUACAGUAUAUACAUGCAAUAUAUAAAUCUUGAUGCAGGACAGGAUAAAAAAAAAAAAAGAAGUCAAAUCAUGCUUUGUGGACGGCUGAUCAAUAUUAUCCAAUCUGCAAACUCUGUUGUAAUUAAAUCAUUUUUUGCUAGCUACCGACUCAGGACUGAACAGACAGUUAGCAACUAUCUAGUGAACAUAGUAGAGUAUUUAAUAACUUUAAUAGCCAUAAUAUUACUCUCUGGAUUUGGAGACUGAAAAGAGUAAAUGUUGGACUUACAUUCGACGGGUCACCAGGAAACAACUCCAAAUGAAUGGUAAUGUUGCUGUGUAUCUGCUACACCUGUAAAUAAGAAACUGUUUGAUAACAUUUAAAAACGUUAUACAGUGAUACAUGUGAAUGUUCUGUUUUCUGCUGCCAAAAAAAUCAACAUUGCUUUAAAAUUCAUAAUAAAACAGAUGAGCCAAAAAACACCGAAGGCUGAUAAAAUAUCUCUCUUUUUUUUUAUCCUAACAUUUACCUUCAUGCCACAAUCUGCCAUUAAUCUCCUUCUAUGCUGUGGAUAACAAAGUUGAGCGUCUUUAAAAUGUCCUCUCAAGAAAGGUCUAAGUUGCUUUGGAAUAAGUCUACUUUCAGCUCAAUUCAAGGACAGCAACAGGAGAACAGAAAUGAAUAGUCAACUGUAACUUCCAAAAUGCUUUAUGCACAAAUAACACUCAGGUAAUAUUGUUUCUUUUUUCUUUUUAGAAUAAAAUGAUAUUUGAAUAACAUUUACACAUCAAGCUGACGAGACUGGGAUCUCAAUCACAAUACUACUGGAAAUGUAAUUUAUGCAAUCCAGUAAGGAACAUUCAAGAUGUCAACAUUACCAUGUGGAACAGAGCUAUCGGGGAUAGUGCUGCAAAUAAUCUCUUUACAUGCACUAAAACGUAACACAAA